AUGGACCGGGCAUUUCAGGACUACCUAUGUGGCAAGCACAAAGACAGAGCCGACAGGCCGUGGUGGGGUGGAAUGGGAUGCGGUGUGCGCUGGGGCGGGGAUUUGCCGUCAGAGGAUGCAGUGAUUGGCAGGGAAGAAAGCGGUCUUUGGUUUAAUCUAUGGGAAUUAGGAUAUGAAAGAGAGGGUACCUGA